CUGUCAUUGCAGCCCAACGUACAUUGCUAUUCGCUGUUGAUGUAAUCGCACCACUUGCCACUUUCUCGUCGUUCAAACAAAACCCUUUUUUCUCUAUCUCUUGAUUACUGUAAAACCAUCAAGUAAUUGUUCCAUGAAUCGUUCUCGAGCUGUUCCAGUGAGAUUCGAUCUUGUUCCGAGCCUCUCCUCCGGUUUUCCCCAUCUGGGUCUUCCUGCAUUUUCGUCUUCUGUUCAUCGCUUGGCUUGAACUGAGCAUGUUCUCCGACAUGGGUUUGCCUUGUGCUAAAUAGCUCUCUGUCUUCGUUCCCGUACGGGGUUUGAGUUCAUUUUCUACCGUUUUGGAGUGUCAGAACACAGAAUAUCUCCCAAGUGUUUGACAAUUUGACACAGAGAAAUACAGAGAGGACGCCAUGGAAGAGACUUUCGUGCCGUUCGAAGGGAUCAGGAAUGAUCUGAAAGGAAGGCUGACGUGCUACAAGCAAGAUUGGACGGGUGGCUUCAAAGCUGGAAUUAGGAUUCUGGCUCCCACCACAUACAUAUUUUUCGCCUCCGCGAUUCCUGUCAUCUCAUUCGGCGAACAGCUAGAGCGAAACACCGAUGGAGUUCUUACCGCUGUUCAGACCUUGGCUUCUACAGCCGUUUGCGGCAUCAUACACUCCAUUAUCGGAGGACAGCCCUUGCUGAUACUCGGAGUUGCAGAGCCGACAGUGAUUAUGUACACUUUCAUGUUUAACUUUGCCAAGGAGAGACCAGAGUUGGGUCGCAACCUGUUCUUGGCCUGGUCUGGAUGGGUUUGUGUUUGGACAGCUUUUCUACUGUUCGUGCUGGCGAUAUUAGGGGCAUGUUCCAUCAUCAACAGGUUCACCCGAGUAGCCGGAGAACUGUUUGGACUGCUUAUUGCCAUGCUCUUCAUGCAACAAGCCAUCAAAGGACUGGUGGAUGAGUUUCGUGUCCCUGGCCGUGAAAACGGGAAGCUGCUCGAGUUCACGACUCCGUGGAGGUUUGCCAAUGGGAUGUUCGCUCUAGUUCUCUCCUUUGGUCUUCUUCUUACUGCACUUAGGAGCAGGAAAGCCAGGUCAUGGCGAUAUGGAACCGGCUGGCUUAGAAGCUUCGUAGCAGAUUAUGGUGUGCCAUUCAUGGUGCUUGUGUGGACUGCUGUCUCCUAUAUACCAGCAGAAGAUGUCCCGAAAGGAAUUCCCCGACGACUCUUCAGCCCAAAUCCUUGGUCCCCUGGCGCUUAUGAGAAUUGGACUGUCAUCAAGGAUAUGCUUAAUGUUCCGAUUGUUUACAUUAUCGGAGCGUUCAUUCCGGCAACAAUGAUCGCAGUGCUUUACUACUUCGACCAUAGUGUAGCAUCGCAGCUCGCCCAGCAGAAAGAGUUCAAUUUGAGAAAACCCUCUUCCUACCACUACGAUUUGCUUCUUCUUGGAUUUCUGACUUUAAUGUGCGGUCUCGUCGGAAUCCCUCCAUCCAAUGGAGUAAUCCCUCAGUCUCCAAUGCAUACCAAGAGCCUUGCUACUCUCAAAAAUCAGCUGCUACGAAACAGGCUUGUAAGAACAGCGAGACAAAGCAUAAAAACGAAUGCAAGCUUGGGACAGUUGUACGGAGAUAUGCAAGAGGCUUAUAACCAAAUGCAGACCCCUUUGGUCUACCAGCAGCCUCAAGGUCUGAAAGAGCUGAAGGAAUCGACAAUCCAAUCAACUACAUGCACAGGCAAUCUCAACGCUCCAGUUGACGAGACUCUGUUCGAUAUCGAGAAAGAGAUUGAUGAUUUGUUGCCUGUUGAAGUUAAAGAACAGAGAUUAAGCAACUUGCUUCAGGCCAUGAUGGUCGGAGGAUGUGUUGCGGCCAUGCCUUUCCUCAAAAUGAUCCCUACUUCUGUCCUCUGGGGAUACUUUGCUUUCAUGGCCAUCGAAAGUUUGCCCGGAAACCAGUUCUGGGAGAGGAUCUUGCUUCUCUUCACAGCCCCGAGCAGACGUUACAAGGUCCUUGAAGAUUACCAUGCAACGUUUGUGGAAACUGUUCCAUUCAAGACAAUUGCAGUAUUCACCCUGUUUCAGACAGUGUAUCUUCUGAUAUGCUUUGGUCUAACAUGGGUUCCCAUUGCCGGCGUCAUGUUUCCUCUCAUGAUCAUGCUUUUAGUUCCGGUAAGACAGUACCCUCUUCCGAAAUUCUUCAAGGGAGCUCAUCUUCAGGACCUGGACGCAGCAGAAUACGAAGAAUCCCCGGCCGUACCUUAUAAUCUCGCUCAGGAAGGCGAGAUCGGAUCCACAGCUUCGUAUCCGGGCGAUGCAGAGAUUCUGGACGAGGUUAUUACGCGAAGCCGAGGAGAAUUCAGACACACGUGUAGUCCUAAGAUCACGAGCUCGACUUCGACACCUGCACAUCGGAGCCUGUCUCAAGUGUUUAGUCCCCGAGUUAGUGAGUUGAGGGGAGAGACGAGCCCGAGAGUUGCCGGAAAAGGGCAAAACAGUCCGAAACCGGCAACUUUUGGGAAGAGCCCUUUGAACCCGUCGCCGAACUAAAACCCAGCGAUCAAUAAGAAGCUAAUAUAAUCGAAAUAAUGAUAAUGUUUGAUUAGUAAAAGUAAUUAAUCUUAGCUCUAAGCUUCUGAGUUUUUUUUUUCUUUAUCCAUUUUGAUGUUGUGUUGUGUUGUGAUGUUCUUGGUCUUGAAUUAUUGUAACACCUGUCUUCAUGUGUUAAUUGUGUGCAAUGAUAAUGUUGAAAGAUGUAAAAAAAAAAAAAGGACAUAUCUCUUGACUCUUGAGUUACAGAAAUCCGCACA